AUGGACUCAACCGUUGUCUCCGCCAUGAAGGGCGAAAAACUGAAGGAACCAAGUCAAUGGAGGAAUUGGUUCGCACGAAUCAAGAUCUAUGCACGACAGAAGAGGGUAUGGGAACUGAUCGACCCUCACACCGCAGAAGAAGAUCUGGAAAAGCCAAUUCGCAAACCUCGAAGACCGCAAUACCCGGAGGGUGGCAACGAACUUGCGAAGAGAGAGUGGAGAGAUCGUAUGGAUAUCUACAAGCUGGACCUUGCCGAAUGGGAACAGCAAAACAAGAGCCUAGAUGCCAUCAAUGAAUGGAUCAUCUCAAAUCUGGAUCCAGUCCAUCACACCUCGAUGCUUAACUACGAAACCCCAUACGGACGGCUUGUAUAUCUUCAAACCCGAUUUGGCCGAUCAUCUGCGGCAGAAGAAGAUAUCCGUGCACAGUGGAAGCGAGUGUCAGCCUCACCACCAAAGAGGGGUUCUGAUAUCGAUCAGUGGAUCAAUGAAUGGGAUGCACUAAGAGAGCAAGGUGUAAGCCUAGACCUGCCAGAAAUGAAGAGUGCCAAUAAGGACUUCCUCCGCGCUGUUAAAGAUCUACUCCCUGUUUGGUGGCAGCUGAAAUUUGAGGCGAUCGUGCUGAACCAGGAAGAAUGGGAUACUCGCGAUUUGAUUGAAAACUUCAGAGGAAGUUAUCGUGAGCUGCACCCACAGAGCGCGAGCACUGUCAGCACUAUUUCCAAAGCAUCGUUUUCGACACUGCAAGGUUUCGAUGAAGCUAGACCAGAGCCACCGCAGGGAAAGCCGCAAGGCCAGCAAGCGCAGGAAUCGCCACGUGAACGAACUUUACCACCGAUCCCGAAGCGAUAUUGCCCCUGUGGUAACCGUCACCAUAAGCCGUGGAAGUGCUGGGCGGUCAACCGGGAUGCAUUCCCUGACAAAGAAGUUUUUGAGAAGACCGCGAGGCGAGUGGAAGAUCGUCUUUCGAAAGACCCGGCGUGGAAAGCCUGGAUAGAGAAAUCUGUCAGGGAUCACAACGAGAAGAAUGGAGUGAGGCCUGCCACGAAUACGGCCAAUAGCACACAACUGUAUGGCUCCUUCCUCACCACAGGUUUUCCCGAACAGGUGUUCCAAAGCGUAAAGAACACGGGAGGCGCCGAUGAUGACAUUCGACAACGUUGGUUCCUCGACAGUUGCUCGUCAGUACAUGUAUGCAACGACAAAGACCUCUUCAUAACCUUUAAACCGAUGAAAUCAGGCCUGAAGACAGGUGAUUCGAUCACUGCGGUAGAAGGUAUUGGAAACGUUGUCAUGACUGGAGCGGGCCCUGACGGAUCAACUCGACGAAUUAAACUGAGCAAUGUGUUAUAUUCGCCUCAUUUCCAUGCCAAUUUGAUGUCUUAUGGAGCCCUGAAAAAGAAGGGUGUUCGCUGGGACGAGGAUAACGAGUGCAUCAGGGACUCGAGUGGCGAAUCAGUCAUUAGUGUACGCCUCAUGGAGUCGUUAGGAAUAUGGGCAUUUAAUCAACCGAGAGAGCCUCGUUCCUCACCAGAAACCCUUGCCCACGCACAUGCAGUACGAAGAUCGGUGAAACCUCUCGUCUCGGAAGCCUCAGCAGAUCGUUGGCAUCGUCGAUUAGCCCACGUAUCCACGCGUGUGAUGAAGAAAACUGCCGAAAUGGUAGAUGGUGUUAAAAUCAACGAAGAUCUGCCAGAAACACCAUCCGAAGAAGGAGAGCUUUGUCAGGUGUGCAAUCUCUCAAACGCACCGAGACAGAUAUCACGACGACCAAUUGGCCAGACCUUUGGAAGAUAUGGCCGAAUUCACUUCGAUCUGGUCCAAUUUUCACCCGCAUACAACCGACAUCGGUGGAUGACACAUUUUUACGUUGAAGGCAUCAGAUUUCACUGGCUAUACACACACGAAUUGAAGUCGCAGUGCAGAGAUGGAAUCAGGAAAUUCAUCGCUCUGAUCAAAAACUGGUGGAACAUACCAAUCAAAUCGUUUCAUUAUGACAAUGAAACAGCUGCAGGCGCAGAGAUUGAAGGCUUCUUGAACAAUAUGGGCAUUGUGGUAUCACAUGGCAUCCCCUACCAUCCCGAGCAAAACGGACCUGCUGAACGUUCGGGAGGAGUGAUUUUGACCAUGACGAGACACCUUCAAAUCGAGAGCAAGCUACCGAGUCAACUGUGGCCCGAGAUGGUUAGCGCUGCUGUGUGGAUCCUGAACCGUAUCCCUACCCAUCUAAAGGAGGAGAAUCGUUGGAUCGUGCCUUGGGAUGAAGCACGAAGGGAUUUUGGCGGCGAACGGAUGAAGAAGGCUAAUUUAGCCAACCUGCGCGUAUAUGGCUCGUUAUCGUACUGCCGUAUUCGCAAUAUCCCACGCACCAAGAAGACCUCUCCCCGUGCAGAGAUUGGGUUCCUCGUUGGCUAUGUCGCAUCGAACGUGUGGAAGAUCUGGUUUCCUGCCAGGAAUACGAUAGAAUUCGUGAGAGAUGCACGUUUCGAUGAAUCGAGGAAGUGGAAGUCUGAUAUGCGGUACUGGGAAGAUAUCGAAAGUGUACCUGAACCUGAAGCAACCAUUUUGACUGAGGAGGAGCAACUUGAAGUCCUCCGUGAAGACAUUGGAAUACCGGAAGGAUCAGUCAACCGGAACACGCAGGAAGAUCGCCAACAAGAACUCCACGAGAGUAAUCAUGAAGGCACAGAGAAUGAACACCAGGAAGAACUUGAUCAUGAGGACCGUACACCUGAGGGGGUGUAUGCACCGAUCACCCCGGAACCUGAGGAAGAUCCCCCUAACAGCACACUCCCUGGUUCGUUUCCUCCAGAAGUGAUACCGGAACUACCACCAAGUCCACCAGAGGAGAAUACCGCUGAAUUUGGCCCUGCCGCUGCUCAGGGGGUGGACCAGUGUGAAGAACAGAACGAGGAGGAAGACCAGCCGCCAGAACCAAAUCCUCCGCUUGAAAGCCUAGAAAAUCAACCUGAUCCAGACGCGCUCUCCGAGAGCGAACAGCAGUUACAUGCUGAGCUCCACACUCAAAGGAGAGACGGGAUUGUCACGGCGAACAUCAUGAAUGGACGCAGAGAAAGAAGACCGAGGGUAGAUCCGGAUUACCAAACAUACGCAACGAUCUUGCCAGAGACUGAAGAAGAUCCACCGGAGCUACUGCGUACGUUUGCCGCCGCGCUGUACACAGAGAAGCCGUUGCAACGCCACCGAGACGACCUACCCCCUGCGCCUGAUGGAUGGAAGAACAUGUUGAAGCACCCAAUGGCUGAAGGUUUUCUGGCUGCCUGCGCGAAGGAGAUACGAUCCUUGCAGCAAAAGUCAUCAUUCACCGUCAUUAAACGACCAAAAGACGUGUCGAAACAGAUCCUGCCACUCCGAUGGGUAUUCGCAUACAAGUUCGACCAAGACGGUUAUCUGCUGAAGCUAAAAGCACGCAUCUGUGUAAGAGGAGACCUUGAGACAAUAUCGCCUGAGGAAAAAAGAGCGGCGACACUAGCAGCGCGCACAGCACGGGUAAUGUUUGCCCUGGUCGCAGCGUUUAAUCUCGAUCUACGUCAGCGAGAUGCAGUCACCGCAUUCCUAAACAGCAUACUGCCCACAGAAACCUACACGAAGAUGCCUGAAGGAUUUGAACAGCUAGGGAUGUGUUGGAAGCUUAAUCGUGCGCUUUAUGGUCUGCGCAUCUCACCGAAGCUUUGGCAACAGGAAGCAUCAAGGGUUCUCUUGAAACUUGGACUCACACAGGUCCCUGAAGACCCCUGCGUCUUCGUAACACAAGGCAUAAUCGUGUUCUUCUACGUUGAUGACAUGCUUAUUGCGAACCACCCGUCAGAACGAGACAGAGCUCGCCAACUUGAGAAGGAUCUGGAGGCACACUGGGAGCUUACGGAUCAUGGAGAAGCAGAAUGGUUUUUGAAUAUUCGAAUUGUACGCGAUCGGAAGCAACAGAAACUUUGGCUUUGCCAAGACGCAUAUAUCAGCAGUAUGGCUGCUAGAUAUCAUUUGACCGAUCGACCACCUGUCUACACCCCUCUCCCGGUGGAAGAAAUGAAGGCAUUCGAAGGAACAGCAACACCGGCUGAGAUCAAGUUAUACCAAGGAAAG